AUGGGGCACGGCGAGACGCUGGUCUGCCCAAGGUCGGCGAGUUCGUUAGGACCAUUCAUGGUCUGCGUCCUCCCUCCGCCCGCCGUCGCAGGAUGUUCUCUGGCUGCGCUAUGCUGUACGUCCGAUCAGUAUCUUUUUGCAAUCGGGCUUAGGGCAAAAAGACGAGGCGAUCGCAAUUCGCCGGAUGCACUAACGAGUGAAAAUUUUUUAAAACUCACCGUCUCGUGCGGCGCUAGAUUGCUCUGUUAG